CUUUUGAGAGUAGCGACUUCCACUCUCGUUCUCAAGUCGUUUUUCAGGCACAUGGCGGCGAAAUCAUGAAGCCAAAGCGCAAGAGCGGCAAGUCUUUCAGCAAAGCGUCGGCAAAAGUAAACGGUAAGGCACCCGAGAGGACCAACCCUUUCGAAGUCAAAGUUAACAAACAAAGACACGAUGUGCUCGGUCGAAAGUCUAAAAACGAUCGCGGUCUACCCGGUGUGUCGAGAAGCAAAGCCAUCAAGAAGCGCAAUGAAACUCUCCUUCAAGAAUACGUGCUGCGCAACAAAUCUAGCGCGUUCGUCGACAAACGAAUCGGCGAAUUCGAUUCCGAAAUGAACCCAGAUGACAAGAUGGCAGCCCGACUUGCACAGGAGCGCAAGAUCUCGCAAAAGAAGAGCGUCUUCAGCCUGAACGAAGAGGAGGAGCUCACCCAUCUUGGCAAGUCCAUCAACGACAUGGAAAGGCACGACGACCCCAGAAGCGACGACGAAGACCUGUACGACAAACUGGGCCGCGACUUUGCGGACAAGACCAACUUUGGCGGCUUCCUGACCAAGGCCGAUCCCAGCAGUGACUCCGCCAAGUCGAGGAAAGAAGCCAUCGACCAACUCAUCGCGGAAUCGAAGAAACUCAAAUACGAGCGUCAAGUACAGAAAGACGAGAAUUUCGAACUCACCGAAAGGCUGGACAACGACUGGAAACAGUUUCAGGGUCUUCUGGCUAGCUCGAGGCUCAAAAAGAAGCCGACCGAAGCCGAAAAAGAAUCCACGGAUGACUACGACGUUCUGGUGAAGCAGCUGCGGUUCGCGCCCCGUGCUGGGACGGCCACAGAGAGGGUUAAGACCGCAGAUGAAGUUGCAAAGGAAGAACGGAAGCAACUUGAGAAGCUGGAGUUGGAGCGGAAACUGCGGGCCAAGGGAAUCACUGAAAGGGACAGCAAGAAGCAAUGGUACUUCAUGUCUGCAGAUGACCUGGAUUACAACUUUUACAAGCAGGAGCCAGUGACGGAGGAUGCGGACAUGAGUGGUGACGAAGAGGAAGACGCUGAGGAGGAGGGUUCUGGUGGUGACGAUGAAGCAGAAGACAAAUCGGCGUCAGAAGGCGAUGAUGAAAGCGGAGCAGAGAGUGUGGAGGAGAUUGAACAAGAUGUAUCUGGAAAGGAGCAGGCAGCUAGACAGGAAGACAAAUCUGAUGAUGAUGAUGAUGAUGAUGAUGGCUACUCUGAUUUGGAGUCUAAUGACGACGGCAGUCUGCAAAAAGAAACUCCACCGGUUGCUAAAGGUAAAGCUAAGGAGGCCCCAAAAACGUCUGUCAUCAAGACGUGCAAAAAGUUGCAGAGCAAGGCUGCCUCCGAGAAAGAGGGGGGCAAGCCUGUAAGCAAGGCUGUCCCUGAGAAAAAGGAGAGUAGGCCUACCUGCAUUUUCACUAUUCCCGAGUCGGAGGAAGAAUUCUCUAAGCUCAUGGCCGACAACACCGCGGACGAGAAAGCUCGUUUUGUCGGCGACAUGAUUAAGGCGAACCAGGGUGGUGAGAAGAAACUCAAGAAGCUGGAGAUGCUCUUUGUGUUCCUUCUUCAGCAUCUGAAUGACGUUGCAGACGAAGAUCUCGAACUUGUAGACAAACUGUGUCCGCACAUCUAUGCACUCGUCCAAAUUUCGCCAACGACGUGCGGACGUUUCCUCUUGGACGUCAUCUCGGAGAAAGAAGAGGAUCUUCAGAAGGCGACUGAACGUAGGGCACGGUUUGGCAUCUCUUUUCCUAGCUUCAGCACUCUCGUGUUCCUUAAAAUAGUGGGACAGUGUUACUCUGCCUCAGACUUCUCCCACAUUGUCGCGACUCCGGCGAUGCUUUCCGCCAGCCACAUGCUCACCUGCUGCGGUCUCAACGGAGCCGCGGAUUUCCUCCGCGGACUCUUCGUCACGAACGUGUUCCUAGAGUACAUUGCAUAUUCAAGACGGUUCUCCCCCGAGGUAUUCGUAUUCCUGGAAAGAUUACUCAGCCAUCGAGAGUUGAAACUCAAAAAGAGAGCAGACGCCUCCGGACUUUUGCACGAGAAACUCAAGCUUCGGCUUUUGGGGGAGGAAGACGUCGAAAUGACAGACCAGCUGAGGGUCGAGAUAAUCUAUGCCGGAGUCAAACUCGUCGAGAAAUGUGCGGAGCUCUCGGAAGGUUUGCCGUCCUUCCGCGAACUCGUAGAUCCCCUCUUGAAGACAUUGCGAAAGCUGGAAGUCUCGGCGUAUCCACCCACUGUGCAGUCGGAAGUCGAAAAGGUGAUUUCGCGACUUGAUCGGAAGGUUGAACGUAAGCCACUGCGUCCAGAAAAAAGACCGCCACCCAUGAAGCAGCUUUUGGAGCCGCGGUUCAGCAUGAAGUUCGACGGCCGGAAGCAUUUUGAAGGGGGUCAGAAGAAGGCGGAGCUGAAGCGACUGACCUACAAGCACAAGAAGGAGAUGAAGGGGGCCAUGAGGGAGGUCAGGAGGGACAACCAGUUUCUGGCGAGGCACAUCCUCAAGGACAGGAUAGAGAGGGACGCAGAGAGGAAGGAAAAGGUCAAGCAGAUCUACAGAGAGCUGGCAUCCCAGGAAGGCGAAUACAAGGCGCUCAAGCGGAAGAAGAAAUGAACGCCUUUCGACACCUUGUAAAUAUGAGAAUAAAAUAUUUGGUACCACUGGGUUCUGCAACCAUAGCAAAGCAACAGUAGUAAAUCUAAGAUAGUAGCAGCAACUUCAGCCCCUUCCUACAUCAUUUCAUGAUUGUUUCUUUGUUUACUCUUUCCACUUAUGCUCCCUUCUGAUAUUGUUUUCGUCUUUCAUGCUUCCUUCUCCAGGUAGAGGUUGUUUGGAGCUGUCUCCUUGUCUGCAAGUGCUCGUUUUGCAAAAAGUGCAUACAGCUCAAAUUUUCCCUUGCAAACAGGAUGUGGCAUGUUCAGUGCCAUUGUGAAAGGCUACCAACAAAAAAAAGAUUACCGUAAUAUCCUGAGACAUAGCCUACAUAACGUCAAGAGCAAAUCGGGUGAAAAUAUGGAGUGGGCUAACUUUCUGUGCACAGUCAAGGAAAGUUAAAGAAUUGCUAUUUUUAGGUUGUGUCCCUUCCAAGCUUGUUAUGGUGGCGAGGAGCAACGAAGCAAAGAUGACUGUACUUCCCCGUGAGCAACGUUUUCUUAUAUCCCGCAACUAGCCGCACUUACGGCGAGGCUAUCAUUGA